UGCCAAAGAACUACCAGCAUGUCCUUUCCUUAGUCUUUGCUGUGAAUGAGGUCAACAAGAACCCCAACAUUUUAUCCAACAUCACUUUGGGGUUCCAGAUCUAUGACAGCUACUGUGAAGCAAAGAUGACUUUUCGGAAUACUUUCAACCUCAUCUCUCAUCAUAGGAAAACCAUCCCCAACUACAAGUGUGGUGUUGAGAAGAAGCUGGUAGCUGCCAUUGGGGGCCUUGACUCUGAAACGUCAAGCCACAUGGCCUCCAUCUUGGAGCUUUAUAAGAUUCUACAGGUAGGAAGAGUGUGGCUGGAAUGAAGACUCCACAACUCUUGUAUAUGAUUUAGCCUUAGUGUAUAUUCCCAGGGCAUUGGGAGGGGGAGAAGGAAAGGAGAAUGUUUUGGGCGGGCUAAAACAAAUAAGUCUUCCUUUUUUAAAAAAAAUAACAUAGUUAUCUGUAGAAAAUCAUGUCAGUAAUCACCAGCUGAUUGUGCUAAACACUGCCCCUGCCUCAAGGAAAAUGAUGUGACAAAGAAUUCAACCAUUUGCAGUAAUGAAUUAGUUAUCUGUAGAAAAUCAUGUCAGUAAUUGCCAGCUGAUCAUUAUGCAUAUCAGUUAAUAUCUUGAUCCUCCUCCAUGAACAUAUCUGUUUACCUGGCCGUUUUCCUUUGUAAGAAAAUAUGAAAUAACAUAAAACCAUUUUUGCAGGCAAAAAAAAAUCAAUGGGGGGGUGACAAGAAAUUUUCCACACUGGGAAAUUUCUUCCUACGCCUCGGUCUCCCAACACCAUUUUUGGUGUGGCGUAAUCAGAGGGAAAGGUGUAGGGGUGAAGAGUUUGGUUGGUGUGAUGAAAAUGCACCUAAUGUAUACAAUCCAGCACUCACCACAAUGCAUUUGCACUGUUCAAACCUCUCUCCCUUCCUUUUUGCCCUCCCUGUAAAUCACAAAGACUCUUGUCCCAAGAGGCCAAAUAAGUUCCCCUGACCCACUCCACCAGCCACUACUGCCUAUAAAACAUGGCAAAAGUAAAUUCAAAAAGUAAUCCUUAAAUUCAGAAAGUUAUUGAAUUCAGCAAGAAUAAGAAACCUAAGGACACACAGAUAUCCUACCUGGUGAUUUAAAAACCCUCUGUUCUUUGCUAGAUCACCUAUUCUUCAUUUACUCCAGCAGAGAGUGAAAAAGACCAUAUUUCUUCCUUGUACCAAAUGGCCCCCAGUGAAGAACAUCAAUACACUGGCAUUGUUCAGCUUCUUCUCUAUUUCCAGUGGAAGUGGGUUGGGAUAUUUGUCACAGCUGAUGAUAAAGGAGAAACGUUUGUGAAAAAGUUGACACACCAGCUUUCCCAGAAUGGCAUCUGUAUAGCUGUCACUGAGAGAAUCGUAACCCACAGGGGUUUUGAUAAUACUGGGUUGAUAGAGAAAAGUCAGAAUACGGCGGAGUCCCUAAGCAAAACAAACGUCAAUGUAUUUGUUGUCAACGCAGACAAAAACACCAUGACAGGUUUGCAAUGGCUGCUACUGAUAGGUAGAAUGAUGACUAUGAGUCCCAUAAACAAAGUGUGGGUUAUGACCGCCGACUGGGAUUUCUCAUGGGAACCAUACCACAAAGAUCUGGAUGUACAAAACUUCCAUGGUGCCUUUUCCUUUGCCAUUCCUUCCAGUGAGGUUAAGGGGUUCCACCGUUUCCUCCUGAACCUAAAUCCCCACUCUGAGGCCGAUGGCUUUAUCAGGUUGUUCUGGCAAGAGGCAUUUGGUUGCCAGUUUCUAGAUGUGGAGAUGGAGGAGGAAUCCUGCACUGGUGAAGAGAAGCUGGAGAGCCUUCCUGGGGCUUUUUUUGAAAUGCAAAUGACCAGCCAAAGCUACAGCAUCUACAAUGCCGUCUAUGCUGUGGCACAUGCUUUGCAUGCCAUGUUGGCACCCAGAACCAAACAGGGAGAAACGGUGCUUGGUAACUAUCUGAGACCUCAAAAUCAAUAUUUCCAGGUAACGGCUAACAUAGUUUGUCAAGGAAUACAAACUUGCAUUGGUUUGGUGAAAUUCAAUAAGCAGAUCAAAAGCUUUUGUUGUAUUAAAUUCUAUGUAAGCAUGCUGGCAAAUUUAAGUCAAAUGGUUUGCCAAUACUGCAAUGCUUGAAUGUUUUUAGCAGUUGAAAAGAGCUAAAAAGAGUUGAAUGGAAAUGUUGAACUUAGGUGGAUGGAUAUGGAUUGAGGAUUAAAUCUGUAAAUUAAAAUUUAAACCUCCUAUCCAACAUGUGUGGGAGAAAAAAGAUGGCAAGGAGGCUGUGAAGCUAGGAAUUACCAAGUUACAUAUUUUAUCUCUGUUUAUUUGUGUUCUGCUGAUCUUUCCUCAUUUUUUACCUGUUGCUCAGAAUAAAGCAGGCAAAUUUGUAAAAGUAAAAAUGUUUACUUACAUUGAAUGAAGGCAGCUACUACCUCUAGGUAAAAAAUGCUUCUUAAUUACGAAAUACAAAAUUAGUUUCUAAAAUGGAAUCUGGGCAGGUAUGUCUCCCCUGAAAACUCAAGGGGAGCUUCAACAAAUAGUAUGAAUUGAUCCCAGCAUGAGAAAACAGAAGCUUUGUAGUGUGUUCUCUAUUUUUACCCAAUUUACCGUUCUCUUUCUUCCUCUGUAGCUUCAACCUUUCCUGAGGAAUAUCUUGCUUAACAACAGUGCGGGGGACACUGUCUUUUUUAAUGAGAAAUGUGAGCUAGAAGGUGGAUUUGAUAUUAUCAACUGGGUUACUUUCCCAAAUAAGUCCUUCUUAAGAGUGAAAGUUGGGAAGAUGGAUCCUCAAGCUCCACUGGGCAGUGAUUUCUCUAUUGAUGAGAAGAUCAUUACAUGGCACCAGAGUUUUAACCAGGUGGGACCCAAUUGCAGCUUCUGAGGUCUAUAGGUUGACAUUCACCAGAUUUGUUUCAUAAUCAUGUACACCCUGCCAAAUGAGUUCCUUUUAGCUGCAUUGAUUCUUUGUAUGGUUAGGGAUGGGUUGUUUACAUGUCACUGUAGAGAUCUUGGUUUCCAGGGUUUAAAACCCUGCAACUCUGAACUCAUUCACUGGUCGAAAAACCUAGACUCUCUAGUUGAACCAAGCUCUGUUGACCAGUGGAAGGUAGUUGGUGUGGUGUGCCUAGCAGCAAAGGGUUAGAGCCUUUGUAGGAAUUCCGUGGAAGAACUUUUUAGGAGUCAGGGAAUUGUAAAUUAAUAUCAUUCCCUUGGUUCCCAUACAACUCUGCCUACACACUGUAUUUCUGCUGUUGCCAUGUUUGAGAUGUCAUUUUUCUUAAUGUGGAAUGAGAGCUAAAACUCAAUCAUUAAAUAAAUGUUUUGGAAUGAGAACAUCCAUAUGCGACAAGCACAGAAAGCAUGCAAAGCAAACUUUGCUUUGUAGGAAACUUUAAUUUUUAUUCUGUGAUUCUUUUUUUUUUAAGGAACCAAGUUGCCAUUUCUCAUCUGUAUAAAUGUAUUUUAAAAGGAAAUAUAUAUCAGUAGGUCCAUUGGCUUGCACAUUUUCUUUGCCUGAACUGUUUAGUACCUGAGUGGCUCAGCUGGUUAGAGCAUGGUGCUGGUAAUGCCAAGGUCACAGGUUUGAUCCCUUUAUAGGACAGCUGUAUAUUCCUGCAUUGCGGGGGGUUGGAAUACAUGAUCCCCAGAGUCGCCUCCGAUGCUGCAAUUCUUUGACUCUCUAUAUAUUUUUAUUGGUUUGAAUAUGCAAAGAUAUUGGUGAUUGAAACAACCAUUAUAAAGAUACCGGUGCAAAUUAAUAAUAAUAAUAAUAAUAAUAAUAAUAAUAAUAAUAAAAACCCUCCGAGUGCAUUAUUUCAAUGCAGCAGCCUGUUGAUGAAAAGGCAGAGACCAAACACAAAUAGAAUAGAAUACAUGCAAUACCUUCUGUUUUAUGGGCAGGUGGUGCCCCUUGCCUUGUGUAAUGACCACUGCCAUCCAGGUUGCAGCAGACAAAGGAAAGAGGGGGAACCAUUUUGCUGCUAUGAUUGUACUCCAUGUCCAGAAGGGAAGAUUUCAAACCAGACAGGUACGUUACCAAGCACAGUUCAACGUGUUGGUGCUGACCUUUAAAGCCCUAAAUGGCCUUGACCCAGUACAGCUGAAGGAGCGUCUCCACCCCCUUUGUUCAACCUGGAGACUGAGGUCCAGCUCUGAGGGUCUUCUGGUGGUUCCCUCACUGUGAGAAGCGAAGUUACAGGAAACCAGGCAGAGGCCGAUCUCAGUAGUGGAACGCCCUCCCAUCAGAUGUUAAAGAAAUAAACUAUGUGACAUUUAGAAGACAUCUGAAGGAAGCCCUGUUUCGGGAAGUUUUUAAUGACUGAUGUUUCAAUGUAUUUUUUUAAAGUUUUUUCUUAACAAUUUCAACAUAACAAAAUAUCAAAACAUAUCAUAUUCAUUCUUUUUCCCUUUUCCCCUACCCCCAUCAAACCCUCCCUUCCCCUCCUAGACUUUUACUCAGCUACUCUCACUGAUUUCUCAACACAUGUUAUUCUCUGCAUAUUAUAAAAUUGUAUAAAUCCUAAUAUUAUCUAUCUACCAUGUUAUCAAUCAAUAAAUUUGUGUAUGUUUAUUUAAAACCUGCCAAGGAUUCCAAUUCAUUUUGUUGUCUUCUUAAGUAAUUUGAAAAAAGUUCCCAUUCUUCUUUAAAGUCACAGUAGUCCUUAUCUCACAGUUUUUGCAAUUUUGCAUAGUUCAUCAAUUUCUCUUAAUCUUCUGUUGAAAGCCGCCAAUUUUGCAUAGCUCAUCAAUUUCUCUUAAUCUUCUGUUGAAAGCCGCCCAAAGUGGUUGGGGAAACCCAGCCAGAUGAGUGCAGUAUAAAUAACAUAUUCUUAUUCUUAUUCCUAUUCUUGUAGGGACUGUAUGGUACAGUAUAUCAACUUUUUUAGCUAUUUGUGGUAGAAUAGAUGCCUUACACGAGACAUGAAGAUGCAUCAUUACUUGUCAGGUUGGCAACAGUUGAACAACAAGUAUUAUUCAUUCAUUGAUAUUGAUAUUGAUAUUGAUAUUGAUAUUGAUAUUGAUAGCUAUACUGUGUUUCUGUCCCUUGAACCCAAGAGAGGGUUUGUUGUUAGCUAUCUGAGAAAAAAUAGACGCCUUACACCAGACUUGAAGAUAAAACUUUACUUGACAGGUAAAUAUAUAUUAAUGAAUGCAAUGUGUUUCUGUCCCUUGAACCCAAGAGAUGGUUUAGUCCUUUUUUGUUUUUAAAGCUGCUUCAUAGCAGAGCAUGAGCUAAUAAUCCAUAGCUUGCCUGUCCUCUGAAACUCCUCCAGACAGUGUUUGCUUGAAGUCACCACACUCCCACGUUCUCAGUCAAAGAUGCAACUAACAGAAUAAUCAGCCAGCCGCCAACUAAAAACUUCUUCCUUCUUUCCUCAAUACCAUUUAUUCUUUGUGAAAUAUAUUUACAAUGCAAAUACAAUAAAAAUACUAACAUUUGUAACAUCUGUGAUGGAAAUUGCUAUAUCAAGAGGAAGAGAUGGGGAUCAUGGAAAGGGUAAUGUUCUGUUGUUGUUGCUGUCCCGGAAGAAGCUGACAAACAAUAUCAUAAACAGCCAGCCAACAUAGUUUCUGCUUACCUCCACACCUGUAAAAUGUAUGAAUUGCAUGGAUAGCAACUUACUUAAUCACCAAAACUCUAGAAUUGUCAAUUCAAGAGUAUUUUAGACCAUAUUCCUAGGUGUGUUAACUAGGUGAUAUUAGCACUGUUAGUCUUCAUUGAUGUUAAGUCUCCCUUCUGGGAUAGGAAAUGCUGUGAAUAUUGGUAAAGGAAACUUCCUAUUUUACAACCAUUUCUACUGGUAAGCUGUGAAACAUUAAAGCUUAAUUAAUAUUUCUCAAUCCAAAUAGCUUGAAAGUUCUUAGUGGUAGCAGAGGGACUUUAUCCCUCUAAACGCACCAAAAAUUUGUAUGAGUUAGUAAACAAAAAUUCUCUGAGAAUUAUUAUUUAGAUUUAUUUCUGAUUUAAUUAUCCACUGGAAAGUAUCCACCGAAAAAUAACUUAACUUAAAGACAAAACAUAUUAACGCUCUAAGAAUUUCCUGAAAAAGUUAUUUUUCUCUAUCGUGUAUGCUGUAAAUUAUAUUGAAUUAUAGUGCAGUAUAAUUCAAAGUUUCCUGAUCCUGAAGCAUAAAUAUUUGUAUCUCAGUGAGACUGGAAAUGCUAGAACUGUAAUCCUGAUUUCUUUAUGCUUCAAGAUAUGAAUGAUUGCUUCCAGUGCCAAGAAGAUCGGUAUCCUAACCAAGAGAGAAACCAAUGCAUCAGCAAGAAAGAAAAUUUCUUAUCUUAUGAAGCACCUUUAGGCAUCAGUUUGGCUCUUUUGGCUCUGGCUUUUUCUGCAACUACAGCCUUGGUGUUUGGAAUCUUCAUCAAACAUCAAAACACUCCCAUUGUCAAAGCCAACAACCGGAAUCUCACCUACACCCUGCUCAUCUCCCUCCUGCUCUGCUUCCUCUGCUCCUUGCUAUUCAUUGGGCGCCCCCAGUUACUGACCUGCAAUCUACGACAAACUGCCUUUGGUAUCAUCUUCUCAGUGGCUGUUUCUUCUGUUUUGGCUAAAACCCUCACUGUGGUUCUAGCUUUCAUGGCCACCAAACCAGGAUCCAAGAUGAGGAAAUGGGUGGGGACAAGAGUUUCAACCUCUAUUGUUCUUGGUUGUGCUUCUAUCCAGGCAAGUAUUUGUAUAGUAUGGCUCUGUACUGACCCUCCUUUUCCAGAUCUGGACAUGCACUCUCUGCCUGAAGAAGUCAUAGUGGAAUGCAAUGAAGGCUCAGCCAACAUGUUCUACUAUGUUCUUGGUUACAUGGGAUUGCUGGCUUUUGUCAGCUUCAUUGUGGCUUUCUUUGCUCGGAAGCUGCCGGAUACUUUUAAUGAAGCCAAAUUUAUCACUUUCAGCAUGUUGGUGUUUUGCAGUGUGUGGCUUUCUUUUGUUCCAUCCUACUUAAGCACCAAAGGGAAGUACAUAGUGGCUGUGGAGAUCUUCUCCAUCUUGGCCUCCAGUGCUGGAAUCUUGGGUUGUAUCUUCUCCCCAAAAUGUUAUAUCAUUGUCUUCAAGCCUGAGCUCAACUCAAAAGAGCAGCUAAAAAAGAGAAAUAA